UAGAUCUGAUCUAAGCACCAUGGGAAAAGAACACUAAGGUUUUCACCAUGAUUGGAGGCCUGUUCAUUUACAAUCACAAGGGAGAGGUUUUGAUCUCUCGAGUCUACCGUGAUGACAUUGGGCGGAAUGCAGUGGACGCCUUCCGGGUCAAUGUCAUCCAUGCGCGGCAGCAGGUGCGCUCUCCCGUCACCAACAUUGCCCGCACCAGCUUCUUCCAUGUCAAGCGGUCCAACAUCUGGCUGGCUGCUGUCACCAAGCAAAAUGUCAACGCCGCCAUGGUCUUCGAGUUCCUCUACAAGAUGUGCGAUGUGAUGACCGCCUAUUUUGGAAAGAUCAGCGAAGAGAACAUCAAGAACAACUUUGUGCUUAUCUAUGAGCUUCUGGACGAAAUCCUGGACUUUGGUUAUCCUCAGAAUUCCGAGACUGGAGCCCUGAAAACAUUCAUCACUCAGCAAGGAAUCAAGAGCCAGACUAAAGAAGAGCAGUCUCAGAUAACCAGCCAGGUGACCGGACAGAUCGGCUGGAGGCGUGAAGGGAUCAAAUACCGUCGCAAUGAACUCUUCUUGGACGUGCUGGAGAGUGUGAACUUGCUCAUGUCGCCACAAGGUCAAGUUUUGAGCGCCCACGUCUCCGGCAGGGUGGUGAUGAAGAGCUAUCUCAGCGGGAUGCCAGAAUGCAAGUUCGGCAUGAACGACAAGAUUGUAAUUGAGAAACAGGGCAAAGGGACUGCGGAUGAAACAGGGAAAAGCGGGAAACAGUCUAUCGCCAUUGACGACUGCACUUUCCACCAAUGCGUGAGGCUCAGCAAGUUUGACUCCGAGAGGAGCAUCAGCUUCAUACCUCCAGAUGGAGAAUUCGAGCUCAUGAGAUACCGAACCACUAAGGACAUUAUCCUUCCCUUCCGGGUGAUCCCCUUGGUGCGGGAGGUCGGCCGGACCAAGCUGGAGGUGAAGGUUGUGAUCAAAUCCAACUUCAAGCCUUCCCUUCUGGCUCAGAAGAUAGAGGUGCGAAUCCCUACCCCCCUGAACACUAGCGGCGUACAAGUCAUCUGCAUGAAAGGGAAGGCAAAAUACAAAGCCAGUGAGAAUGCCAUUGUGUGGAAGAUUAAGCGUAUGGCAGGAAUGAAGGAAUCCCAGAUCAGCGCGGAAAUAGAACUGCUUCCAACCAACGACAAGAAGAAGUGGGCUCGGCCGCCCAUCUCCAUGAACUUUGAGGUCCCGUUUGCGCCUUCUGGGCUGAAGGUGCGUUACCUGAAGGUCUUUGAGCCAAAGCUGAACUACAGUGACCACGACGUGAUCAAAUGGGUGCGGUACAUCGGCCGGAGCGGGAUCUACGAGACGAGAUGCUAGCUCCUGCGCAGCUGCCCGGCUCUCUUUUCC